AGGAGGAGAGGAGGAGGAGCGUGUGUCUGCUCUGAAGGACAAAGUGUGGAUUUGGAAAGUCUCUGUCAGAGGAGAUGCGGGACGUGCGGGAGCUGAGGUCGCUGGUCCAGCAGCGACUGGCUGCGGCUGCUGAGGAGAUAUUUGGGCUGUUUGAAAGAACGAUAGCAGAGUACGAGGAGGAGAACCGCCGACAGCGCCGCCUGCUGGACGCUGUGCUCAACCCGGAAGUCAGGCUGCACAGAGGUCGGUCCCGCUCAGGCGGUAUUUGUUUUCUUUCAGAAACGUUUCUUAAAGUUUGGGUUCAGUUUUCCGAGCUGUUUGAUCCAGUGCGCAUGCCCGCUGUGUCCCUAAAGAACAGCCCGGAGGCAGAGGAGCUUCAAGAUACAGUACAGGAUGAAGAGGAAGCUCCGCCCUCACAGCUUCUUCAGAGCCAAACUGAGGAGAGCAGAGGGGCGGAGCCUCCAGCCAGCAGCUCCACUGAGCAGAUGGAGACAGAAGCUGAUGGAGAGGAACCAGCCAGGAGCUUAGAUGCAGCUGCUGAUGUGGAGACAUCAGACUGCUCUGAACCAGAGACUGAAGACAGUGAGGAUGACUGGGAGGAGACCAGAGAACCUCAGUCAGGUUCAGACUCACUGAACAAACUCCUAGUAAGUGAGAACAGAUCUAAUACUGAGGAGAAUCAGCAUAACAGGAAGAUACACACGACAAUCAAUACAGGAUAUAAGAAUUUUAUUUGCUCAGUUUGUGGCAAAUGUUUUUCUCGUGAAAGGGACGGAAAGAGACACAUCAGAGCACACACUGAAGAGAAACCAUACAGCUGUUCAGUUUGUAGCAAAAGUUUUCCCCGACCGAGCUCAUUAAGCAGACACAUGAGAACACACACUGGAGAGAAACCGUACAGCUGCAGUGUUUGUGGUAAAAGAUUUAACUUGUUGGCCAACAUGAAGAGACACAUGAGAACACACACAGGAGAGAAACCGUACAGCUGCAGUGUUUGUGGUAAAACAUUUAACCACUUGGACAGCAUGAAGAGACACAUCAAAACACACACAGGAGAGAAACCAUACAGCUGUUCAGUUAGUAGCAAAGGUUUUCCCCAACCAGGCGCAUUAAGCAGACACAUGAGAACGCACAAAGGAGAGAGACCGUACGGCUGCAGGGUUUGUGGGGGAAAUUUUAAUCGAAAGGCUCAUCAGUGUGUUGGUGAGAGCAGCAGCAGGUGAGGAUGAUGAGCUGGACUCUUCAUCAGCAACAGGACAAUAAACUAGAGACAUUCCAUGAGUGCAGUUACAUGCACACCAUAUUCCUGUAUUAUUCGGAAUAUCCUCAAUAUUCCAGUUGUGCAUGAGUUAUGUAAACACGUAGGGAACCCGAUUAAGGUCAUAGUCUGGUUGGAGAAAAUUCUGAAUCAGACCCCUUGCAUGUGCCUGUUUUAACCAGAAUACUGUG